AUCAAUAUGACUCCCUUUUCGUAAACACGUGGGGUCGUCCAAUUAACUUGUGUUUAAGUAAUAAUUUAUUAACGAAAUAAGUUUUCUUUGAAUUAAAUUAGUUUUAAGUGGACAUAAAAAUGGCUGAAAAAAGGGAUGAUCAGCUUUCUGAAAAGGUGUCAUUUGACGCAGCCCUGGAUAGAGCAGGUUUUGGACUCUACAGCUACAUUAUGACGUGCCUGACGGGCGCGUCAGUCAUAUCAUUCGUAUGCAUCUGCUACUGCAGCACUAUCAUAGUGCCGACCAGUGCGUGUGAGCUGGAGACCACUAUCAGUCAGCAGGGAUUGUUGGCUUCUGGACCUACUGUUGGAUCAAUGAUAGGAGGUGUGGUUUGGGGCUACCUAGCAGACACUCGCGGUAGACGCAAGAUGAUGUUGGCGGCUCUGUUCGGAGGCGUCGUGUUCAAUCUCAUCGCCAGCCUCUCCGUCAACUGGGUCAUGCUCUUGAUCUUCCAGUUCAUUGCUUCGUCUUUUGGCUCUGGCUUCUACUCAAUGUCGAUGUCCCUGUUGAGUGAAAGCGUUCCCGUAGCUAAGCGCAACUUCGUAGUGUUAGUAGUGUCCAGCAUCUUCCUGCUUUCACAGGGACUUAUAUCAGGCUUGGCGAUACCCAUAAGUCCGAUGAGCUUCUCUCACUACCUUCCUACUCUGGACAUCUACUGGAACUCCUGGCGAACACUCCUGGCGCUAUACUCCGUACCCAGCGUCAUCACGUUCAUCUGGAUGAUAUUCAUGCUAGAGAGUCCCAAGUUUGUGUACGUCAAGGGGGAUACAGACAAGGCAUUGGAAAUACUCAGGAAAAUUCACAGAGUCAAUCAUUGGAGAUCGAAGGAAGAGUUUACGGUGACGGGAAUAAUAGAAGCAGAAGAACAAGUAACUGAAAAAAGUUCAGCCAAGGACCAGAUAGUACCGCUGUUCACAAGCCCACUCUUAAAAUAUACCAUCAUCAUCACCACGCUGCAAGCAUUCAAACAGGUUGGAGCCUUCCUGGUCUGGCUGCCGACCAUCGCUGAUCAGUUCGUGCGCAUCGUGCAGACUGGCGAGGGCAGUAACCUCACCAUGUGCAACAUUAUUGAAAUGGACAAACCUAUCGAUGUGGAUGCAGUUCCUUGCGCCCUGGACAAAAUAUCUUUGUUGUUAGUGUUGGGCGUGGGAGCGCUCACGUUUCUGGUCAACGUCGUCCUCACCACGGUCAUAAAUAAAGUGGGUCGACGCAACAUGGUGAUCAUAGUCACCGGCGUGUGCGGAGUGUGCGGGAUUCUCAUCAACUUGGUGCCCAACGCGUACGGCAGUGUCGUGCUCUUCGCCAUCUUCUCAACUGGCAUCGUCGUCGUCGGCUUCUAUACUGCUAUUACUGUUGCUAUUUAUCCGACUCAUCUUAGAGCGUUAGCUAUCGCACUGCCCAUGACUCUGGGACGCAUUGGGACCUUCGCUUCGAUACAGAUUCUCAACGUGAUGUUAGCAAAUAGCUGUGAUGCUGGUUUCUACCUCUUCGCCUGUCUUUUCGGAUCAUCGGCAAUCAUCGCGUCUUUCCUGCCUGAUGACCGUCGGUUACAGAAACCCGCGCCUGAAAACAAAGAAGAAAAUGUUGAAACUUCCGAUGAAAAUGAAAAGCUAUAAAAAAUAUAGGUUAAGGCUAUGAAAUAUGUAAAUAAUAGUCACUUAUGCAUAAGCUUAUUUAUUGUAUUACAUAGUAAAAUAAGUGUUAAUUAAUUAAUCUUUCAUAUUACGUUCUAAAUUUUAAU